CCCAACCGUGUUGUGGACGUCAUCAACAUUGAAAUCAUUAUAUUUUGUAACAAAUUUGUUAAAACAAUGAUUAGAAUAAUUUUUAAAUAUUUAAAAAGAAUUUUGUAAGUGGUGGGAAUUUUUUUUUUUUUUUUUUUUUUUGGGGUGAAAUAUGCAACAAUUUUUAGUGGACAACACGUAAAUAAGUUUGUGCAUUUUUUGUAUAUAUAUAUGUAUAAUUUUUGACAGGCGCGACAAGUGCAAGAAUUUUCGAUAUAGAGAUUAUAAUUUUCCCUAUACGAAUUUUGCAAUAUCAAUGAAAUUCUUCAAAGUUAUUUAAAAAAAAAAAGAGGUUAAGUCAAUAAUCAGCCGCUAUCUUUAUUGAAUGACGUUAAAAUUUUCCUGUGACGUUUACACAUGUGCUUCCCAUACGAAAAUUUCCUGAAAAGUUGGACACAAUUAAAAUAAAAUGCUUCCUCUACAUCAUCGUGACAAUCCAAAUAUUUUAACAAGGAUCAAAGAAAAAAUACAAAGUUGGCUGCGUCUUGUUUUCUCUGAUAAAAAUACAAGAAAUUUAUUUUCAUUUUUAAUUAUUAAUUUUGCAUUUGCAUUUGUUGAAUUAUCAUAUGGAUUUUGGAGUAAUAGUUUAGGUUUAAUAUCCGAUGGAUUUCAUAUGUUAUUUGAUUGUGCGGGUUUAAUAACUGGUCUUGUUGCAUCGGUUAUAACAAAAAAACGUGCCAAUGAACGUUUUACAUAUGGCUAUGUACGCGCUGAGGUAAUAGCCGGUUUUAUCAAUGGUUUAUCAUUACUUGUUGUUGCAAUGCACAUUAUGUCAGAGGCAAUUGAACGCGCUAUUGAACCACCGGAAAUAAAACACGAGAGACUAUUUAUUAUUUCAGUUGCUGGAUUAAUGGUGAAUUUAAUUGGAAUUUUUGUCUUUCAACAUGGAGGUGGACAUCAUGGUCACAGUCAUGGAGGAGGAGGUGGUCACAACCACAGUCAUUCGAAUUACAAUAAUCAUGAUCAUUCACAUAAUCAUGUGGACGAUCAUCAUCAUAAUCAUAAUCAUUCGCAUGAUAUGGAAACGCCACAAAAUUCACAAAUAAUGAAAGGCGUCUUUUUACAUAUAUUAGCUGAUACACUUGGUUCAGUUGGUGUUAUUAUAUCGACAUUGUUGAUACAAUGGUUUGGUUGGUUGAUUGCCGAUACAAUUUGUUCAAUGUUUAUUGCUGUGUUAAUUGCAUUUAGUGUUGUGCCGUUAAUAAAAGAGACUGGCGUUAUUUUAAUGCAAAGACAACCAACGGGAUUGGAUAAAAUAUUACCACAAUGUUAUAAUAAAGUGAAACAAUUGUCGGGUGUUAUUGGAGUUCAAGAGCCACAUUUUUGGAGUUUAAGUUCAGAAAUUUAUGUUGGUUGCUUAAAAUUAGAAGUUGAUGCACGAACUGUUGAACCAAAAUAUGUACUUGCACAUACGCAAAUGAUAUUUCAAGCAGCUGGCGUACGACAAUUGACUAUUCAACUUGACUAUGUUCCAGCAUGAUGCGGAAAUAAUAAUAAUAAUAAUAAUAAUAAUAAUGAAUCAUUAUUAUUAAUGUACAAUAAAAAGAACAGUAUCGAUGAGAGCUUCCAUAUUUUGUCUGUUUGCAAAGAAUUUUGGGCGUGAAAUUUUUGUGUUUAGAUUUUUUUCCUUUUUUUUUUUUACAGAUAAAAAAGGUCAAUUUUAUCUAUUUUGUUUUCUUUUCUUUAUUAUAGAAAUCAACUCAAUCAUUCCUUUUCAUGAUAAAACAAAAAGAAA